UGUGUGUGUGUGUGUGUGUGUGGCACAGAAGAAAAAGCCGCAAACACGCUGAUGUAGAGUUAUCUGCCCGGGGGAGAUGUUCUCAUGGAGCUGGUCACACCAACAGCGUCUUGUUUGACUUCACCAUGCACUUUAGGACUUCAAUAAGAUGCGUGUGUGUUGUCAGAUAACCAUUUUGCUUCUCGCCUGCAACUUCUACGCUUUCGUUUAUUCUCAGGACCCCUCCUGCUGCCAUCAUGCCGUGGACCUCCCCCAGUGUAAAGAUGCGUGCGAUCAGCUUGCAACUAUUAGAAGUGAAUCCCGUCUGAUGCACCUUCUCCAGCGUUUACCAAGUUACUGUCCAGAGUCUAUGAAUGAGCUUUGGAUCUGCAUUAACUCAACAUUACCAGGAGCAUCAAGAAAAUCAGAUGGAUGGGUCGGUCUUGGCUGCUGUGAGCUGGCCAUCUCGGUAGAGUGCCGCAGGGAAUGCAAGCAGGCAUCAUCGAAAAAUGAUAUCACAAAAGUAUGCAGAAAAGACACAGAGAAGCCACUCUACAGCUGUAUCACCAAAAAUGAAAUGGGCUCAGUGUGCUGCAGCUACGCAGGGAGACACACUCACUGUCGGGAAUACUGCCAGGCAAUCUUCCGCACAGACUCCUCACCCACUGUGUCUCAGAUCAACACUGUUAAGGAGUACUGCCAGAGCAUCAGCCCUCAGCUCAUCAGCUGCGUGGCCAACUACACCAAAUCCUAUCCCACCAGGAGUCCCAUCGAUAGCCUGUACUGUUGUGACCGGGCGGAGCAGGCACACUGCCAGACGGCAUGUAAAAGGAUCCUACGCACCAUGAACACCGAGCACGAGAUCAUGGAGGGCCUGAUUGAAGAGUGCGGAAGCCAGCCUCUUCCUCAGGACCCACUGUGGCAGUGCUUUCUGGGAAGUGCUCACCCUCCGACCAAACGUGACCCCGAGACCUCUCCAACAGCCAAGAUGGACUGCGCCAAGCUACACUGCUGCUCCAAAGCGAAUACCUCACAGUGCAGAGUUAUGUGCCAGGAGAUCAGCACCAACUGGGGAACUCAGACAUGGCAGGAGUUUGAUCAAGUCUGUGAGUACAGUCCUCUGGAGACAGACCUCAUCACCUGCCUGGCAGAUGUGAGGGAACCUUGCCAGCUAGGCUGCAAAGAUCUUACCUACUGUACCAACUUUAACAACAGGCCAACCGAGCUUUUCCGGAGUUGCAACAUCCAAUCUGACCAGGGCGCCAUGAACGACAUCAAACUGUGGUCAAACGGAACCAUAAAGAUGCCUCUGAUGAACAUCCCAGUUAUGGACAUCAAAAAGUGCCGACCGGAGAUGUGGAAGGCUGUGGCCUGUGCGCUCCAAAUCAAACCCUGCUACAGCAAAUCAAGAAGCAGCGUCAUCUGCAAGUCGGACUGCGUGGACAUCCUGACCCACUGCGGCGACUUCUCACGCUUCCCAGAAGGCCACAACCCCGAGCAGAUCUGUGACCUUCUGUCCCCUACGGAUGACCCAGAGCGAUGCAUUCCUCUGCAGAGAUACCUCACUCCUAGUCCUUUUGAGAACAUCAUCGAAGAGGUGAUCCAUCCCUGUAAUCCAAACCCAUGUCCCAGCAACCAUCUGUGUGAAGUAAACAGGAGGGGAUGUCAUCCAGGACAAGACUGCAAGCCUUACUUCUGUGUGCCUGGCUGCAAACUGGGUGAAGCUUCCGAGUUCCUAGUGCACAUGGAGGCUCGGAUCCAGAUUCCAGUGCACAGCGGGCAGACCGGCUGUUACGAGGUGUGCACAUGCGGGCAAAGCGGCCGUCUUGAAAACUGCGCAGAGAUGCCCUGCACCGACACCACCAAGACCUGUGCUGUAGGAGGACAGAGAAAAAGUCAUGGAACAUCUUUCAAGGUGGACUGUAAGUCUUGCUUUUGCUAUGCCGGAGAAACUAUCUGCUUCCCACCACAAUGCCCCAGUCUAGACAACUCAGGCGAGCCGCGCCGGGCAUUUACAGGACUUCCAUGUGGCUGUCCUGAUCAUUUUGUGCCAGUGUGUGCCCUUAAUGGACGCACGUACCCCAGUGCCUGCAUGGCACGCUGCAUGGGCUUCCGAGACAGUCAGUUUAUUUUUGGCCUCUGUAGGAGCAUAGGACCCUGCUCCUCUAACCCCUGCCCGAGAAACCACAGGUGUAUCCCUAAGCGGCGUGUAUGCCUGACGAAUACAACAGACUACCCGUGUCUGCAGUACCAGUGUGUGGGCCGACCUUCCAGCUGCGACACCAACCAGCUAGAUCCGGUCUGUGACACGGACAACAUGGAGCACACCAACCUGUGUCUACUUUACCAGAGCGGCAAAACCCUGGCAUACAUGGGUCACUGUCAGGAUGCCUGCAGAGUAACAAGGGAAGUGUGUGGACACAAUGGCGUGACGUACAACACGGUGUGCGAGGCGUUUUCGGACCGUGUGGCCGUGGAUUAUCAGGGUCGCUGCAAUGCUUUGGGCUCUUUGUCAGGUUUCCCGUCUGAUUCAGGCUGUAACGCCGUGGCCUGUCCUGCUCUCUCUGCUGCAGGGUGUAACCCCAUCACUCCACCCGGUGCAUGUUGCCCAGUGUGUGCCGGGAUGUUGCAGAUCCUUUGGAAUAAACAGCAGAUGAAUGUCUUUGCCAAGCUGAACCAGAAUCAGCCGGUCACAGUGCAUGACAUCCUGAGAGUCCUGCGUCGGCACAUCUCAGUCCCUCAGUGCGAUAUCUUCGGCUACCUGAGCAUCGACUCUGAGCUCGUCAUCCUCAUCAUACCUGUGGACCAGCAGCCAACACCCCUGCAGAUUGAAGCCUGCAGCAAAGAAGCUGAGAAGAUCGACUCUCUUAUUAACUCAGGCAGUCCUACUCUGUCGUCCCACGUGCCCCUGUCCGCCUUCCUGACCUCCGAGCUCAAACUGUCCACCGUCAGCUCUGCUGCUGCCCCCCGAAACUCUUCCCUCUAUGUGUCCAACUGUCUCUCUCUCUGUCUCCUCCUCGCAUUCCUGCUGUCCUAUCUAAACAACCUGAACUGUCGCUGCUGAACAACCAGCGCACCACGAGUGACCUUUGACCUUCCUCGCCUUGUUCCUUUAGAAGCCCCAGUCUGCAUAGCCUUGACAAUCAGAGAAACGCCAAGCUGACAAGAACGAUCACUCAAAACAUGACGGGACAAUGAGCAUGACAAUGAUGGACCGUUGAGCAGUAUUCCUGAUGAGGGUAAGCUGUAUCGAGUCAUGUUAUUCUUUUUUUUUUUUACACUCACAGAGCAGAGAGCCCUCAGAAAGGAUGAGGAAUUCAGAUGGAUAGAGUGAGAUCUCUGAAUAAAUUCCUGGCUCUGGUGCUCGUCUCUGCUGCCUUUCACUGCCGGUUCACCGGAGCAGACACUUUUGAACGGUGUCAAUUUCACACACCUCAUUUUCUAAAUAGGAACUGAAGAAACUAAUCAGCACUAGUGGAGAGGGCUUUCUACCCCAAAAUGAAAGGAAUCGUUCUUCAUUUCUCUCUGUAUAUAAAUUAAUAGACCUAAAAGGAGAAACUAUAGCCAUCCUAAGCCGGUUUUAUGCUGUGCGAUUUCAGCAGCAUUUGAAGAUUUUAUUACUUGUCACACUGCAUGAAAUUAUCCUAGCAAAAUCUUGGCUGAAUUUUUUAACAGGCUGUACGUCCUUCAUGUCACACAGUAUGAUAAAGAUCCUCUAGAUUAGAUGAAGAUUUUAAAGGAGCAAUUGUUUGAGACUGCGAAUCAAGAAGAGUGCUGUAUUCUGUUUACCAACUAGUGCAGAAGACGAGAAACGGUCUCUGGUUUCAAUGCCGAUUCAGCCGACCAAUCAGCUCAUAAUCAAUCAAAAGUUUGGGUCACACUUGAUUUUAACUGUGCGUUCACAUACACAAGAUGGUCGUCUUAAGCACAUGUCUUAAGCACUCAUUAGGAGCCUCGUCCUGUCUCGUGCAUGUUUUUUGCAUCCACAAAGUAUAAAAAAAGUUGCCCCAAUCUGCACUAGAACUGUUGGUCUGAGACGAGUUGCAAAAUAAAGCAAUCCAACCCAGCGAACCAAUGAUCCAGCCUGUACAGCUAUGCAUGUUGAGAACUUCAUUAUGUAGCAUGUUUGGUUAGCUAAACGCACAUAACACGAAUCACAGAUUUACAUGCAUGAUACAUGAUAGAUUGUAUGUGAAGAAUUCUGCAAAACAAAGCACAAAAUCAAUGACGCCUCUUCAUUUUAAAACGCUGUUAAUGGCUCAGUCCGAAACGAGAGAAUUGAAACAGUACUGAAGAAAUCACCGGUCAAAGCUAUACUGUAAAUGACUACAGACUACAGCUAGAAAGGAAAGCUCACAGAACUGCUGACUAAUAAAUAGAUGAACGUUAAGGGUAGUAUAUAAACACACUCACACUGACCAAUCAGAGGACAGAUUUUUCACAUGUGACUUUCAUAAACAUGUUUUGGUACGCUUUGAAAUCUUGCUGUGUGAAAGCGAACCAAGCCAAAGAGAAAAUAAAUUUGCGAUAGAGAACAAAGCACAGGGGAACUCCAGGCCUGAAAACUCAAGUAGCAUCUAGUGGAUGUAGCUUUUAAUCCUCUAGAUGUACAUAAAGUACACAGAUUAGUACAUGACCAAUGCUGCUGAUGUCUUUGCUGCUUUUUUACACGGCAGGCGUAAGACACAAUCUCAACUCAUGCAUCUUGCUGUAGCAAAAUCAGCCUGAAAAUCGUCCAGCGUAAACCCGGCUUUAAAGAAUAUGACAAUCAUAUCCACAAUUGGGUAAUCACAACAGUAUGCCUUGUUUAUAUAGAUUCUAUAUGUAAAGAUUUAUUAUAUGAAGUACUGCAAAAAAUAAUUAUGUCAUUAAAAAUAUUAUUUUAAUGUUUAUUUUUACGUUUUCUGACCCGGAGGUCGGAGCCACAAUGUGCCAUUUUUUUAAUUCUAAAAUAUUCUUGCAUGAUGACAAUUAUGAAGUGUUUUUACAGAAAGCUUUGUAUUGUUCUGUCCUGUCUGUGUCUGAUUACAUGUCAUCUCUGCCUGUUGUCAAAUGAAGGAUUUCCUUUUUUAACAGUAUUAUCGUGCUUUGGGCAGCUUUGUAGCAUUUCCAGUGGAGCUUUGUGCUCUUUUAUGUUUGUGUGUUUGCAAUUCAACUGAUGUAUUUUUAUAAGAUAAUAAUAAAAACUGUUCAUAUUGCCAAAUGUAAAUCCUA